CAAGACGGUACCGUUCGAAGGUCUUGUGCCGACGAGAUGUAACUCCAGCUGUUACGUCAGAGGAUGUGUUUCUGGAAUAUGCUUGGAAUUGGAGGAUUUUUUGCCACCUUCGAAUCGGUAAUUAUCGAAUCGAGACGAACAUUAUCCGAACUAUUCGAAUUCUCCAAUAUUUUGUCUCACAAUCGAUUCUUGAAGUGAAGGGAUUGCAUCACACAUGGUUGCUUUAUCGAAUUGUGAUAAUUUUUUGGCGCUUACUUCAGUUGUCUUUGAAAAAAAAGUUAUACGUGGUUGAGACUGAUUUUAUGUGGAACUCUUAUGCGACGAACAAGAAGAUACGUCAGUGAAUUAGCUGCAACAUUCUGCAAAAUAUUCUGGUAGAAUUUUUGAAAACAAUCCCAGAAAGGAUGGUUAAGCCUAACGUCAAGCCUUGCUCUCCGCGGAGAGAGCUCCUCCGCAUCUCGCCGCCGAUCCCGCUGAUCUUGGGAGCAGGGGAAACCGGGCCGAUGUUGCCUCGCGGAUGCUGCUGUUGUUGCAAAGAUGAAAACGAGAUGGCGCCACGGGAUCGCUUUGCUGAUGAUACGCUCUCGGAUGGAGGCGGGAGCAGCUACGGAUGCGCGGAUUUCUGUGGAUCCAGCCGGAUGUCCGAGGGCCGCCAGAGCCAAGUGGUUCUGCUGGACGACAGGCGCUUGGACAUUCUCAUCAAACCAAAGCUGUAUGCCGGAGAGCUUCUGGACAUGGUGGCGUCCCACUUCAGUUUGAAAGAGAAGGAAUAUUUCGGCUUAGCCUAUGCCGAUGACACAGGUCAUUACAGUUGGCUUCAGUUGGAUAGAAGGGUCCUGGAACACGAGUUUCCUAAACGGUCUUCGCAAUCAACACUUAUACUUUAUUUUAAGAUUAAAUACUUUGUAGAAAGCAUUACGCAUCUUAGAGAUAGUUCUACUGUUGAAGCUUUUUACUUGCAAACGCAAUCUCUAGUCUACAAUGGUGAUAUUGAAGUCACAAGUGAUAAAGCUUUUCAACUUGCUGCCCUUAUUCUUCAAGCAACUCAUGGAGAUUUUACUAGUGAUGACUUAGCAAAACAGUUUCUAAAAAAGUUACCUGUAUUGCCUACAAGUGCAUUGGUUGAACAUCCAUCGUUAAAAGUGUGUGAAGACAGAGUUAUUGAACACUAUAAACUAUUCCGAGGGCAGUCAAGGGGCUCUGCUAUUGUCAAUUAUAUGAGAAUUGCAGAAUCCUUGCCAACAUAUGGUGUUCAUUAUUAUGAAGUAAAGGAUAAAGCUGGUAUACCUUGGUGGUUAGGAAUAAGUUGCAAAGGUAUAUGUCAGUAUGAUCAUACAGACAAAAAAGUUCCCAGAAAGUUGUUUCUCUGGAAGCAGUUGGAAAACCUUUAUUUUCGAGACAGAAAGUUUUCUAUAGAAGUCUACGACAUAAAGAGGAUAACUGCUUCAAGAAAGACAUUUGGAGCUGGGAGCAUUAGUGUCUAUGUAUGGUUUUCUAGUAGUCCAUCGCUAACAAAAUGCAUUUGGUCUAUGGCUAUAGCACAACACCAAUUUUAUCUAGACAGGAAGCACAAUAAAAGUGCUUUGUCUCUAUCACGAAACUUUAGUGAUAUUGCUGAUGAGCUUUCCCAUGGUUCCUAUUCCACAGAAACGUCUUCUCUUGGUAGAAGUGUCAGUUCUCUUAGCCUUCCAGCUUUAAAAAUUGACAGUGAUUCUUGUGAUGAAACAUUAGACACUGUGGAAAUGUUUGUAGCACUCAAAGCACGCAAAGAAGCCUUAGAAGCUGCUCUUCAUAAAAAGUGUGAAGAACUGAAAAGGCUAUGCCUUAGAGAAGGAGAACUAACUGGAGCACUUCCACCUGAGAUGCCCUUAACCCCAGGGGAACAAAUUCCUGUCAUUAAGAAGAAAAUUGGACCUACAUUUCCAAUAAAAGAUAAAUUGUUGUGGAAAAAGAAAAGUAAAGAUGAAGAGGAAUUGGCUCGCCUUGAGUUGGAGUAUGAAAUCCAAACUAAAAUUGUCAGUGCGGCAGUAAAACUUCUAAAUGACAGCUCUGUAAAGAAAAACAUUCGCCGUCAGAGGAAAAUUUCCCAUCAGAAAGCACUUUCCAAGCUUAAAGAAAUUGAACAAAAAUUAUUUCACUUCAGGAAACAGAUGGGAUCUUUAAACAAAGAAAGUGCAUCACUUUCAGACACAGAACAAUUGAUUAAAUCAACCAGUGCCAACAUGAAAGACCUUACUAUUACUUUUUCUCCAACUGAUUCUGAAACUGAAGAUGCCAAAAAUAGUUUUAAUAAAAUGACAUCAUCUUCAUCUUCUCCUGUGCCUCUUCCAAGUAUUAUACGAGCUUCUAACUCAAACUCAGUUCCAUCUAGUCCUUCUAAUUCACGACACUUGUCGAAUGUACAAAGAAAUUCAGCACAGAAAAAGGACAUGCCAAAGCCAGAUUUGACGCUGCAAGGAUACACUCCAAGUUCUGUCUACCAAACACAGACUUCUUACAGAAGUCAACAAUAUCCUACAUUUUCAAUGCGAUCCCCUUCCUCUUAUUCCUCUGCUUCAAGUUCCGACUUUGGUACUUCUGUGUACAGUGAUAAAAUUCCGUUUGUACCUUUGACGGCUCCUUAUAGAAACAGAUUUGAAUCUACUUUAGAUAUUGAAGGAUCAAAUUUGUACAGUGUUCCAACUCAACGCACAAGUCAAGCUUUUGAUACUCAAGAUGACAUUCUAGCCACAAUUCCUCGAAACCCUCCGCAAGACUUAGGAUUAAUAUCACGGCACAAUAGCCUGGACAGGAAUCGACGACACAGUUUUCAAAAAUGUCGAAAAUAUUUUGACCAAAGUGCAGCUCUUGCAGACAUACAGCGACCAAGCUCUGUGCAAUCACACAUGUAUGACAAUUUCUCUUACAAAAAUAGGGGAAUGAGUAUGUUUCCAUAUCAAGAACAACAGCAGCAGCUACAAUCACAUCAGUCAGAUCACUCAGCUCAUCAUCCUCAUCAUUUUCAUCAUCAUCGCCACGAUGAAGGCAAAUCUUUGACGCAUGAAAAUCUUUCUGCUUACUCGCAGAGCUGCGAAACUCCUCCCCCGCAACAAGAUACAAACAUGUAUCAAGAGAACUUGAAACUAUACGCUGCAGACGCAAUGUAUCUGGGUGAACGGAGAUACCUUGAUUCUCAACACAAACAAAAACAUAUUUCCACAUCGCCAUCUUUAAAGUCACGCAAGAAAGACUGGAUAGACUUUCAUUCUACAGACAUGAAAAACAGGACACCAAGUGUGAGUCCAUAUGAUUCUGGACUUUCAUCACCGUCUAGUUCAACGGAAAGAAGCUGGCCUUCUAAAUCACCUCAGAAUGUUCCAUCAUCUAGUUCAAUGGGCAACUUACAAUAUCAUGCAGCUGCAAACCGCCCUGGAAGCAAUGUUGAUAUUGUAACCUAUGGCCACUUCCAGCCAUAUUGGGAAGAAACUAAGCCUUACGAAACAUCAGACUUUUACAAAUACAGCACAAAACAUCGUAAACAACAUCAGGCAGCUAGUCAGAAUCUCCAUGCCAAACUAUCUGCGUGGAAAGCACACCAAGCAAACUCACAGAUCUUAGGAACAGUGCCACCUGUAAUGUCUCCAGUGCUAGAACGCUCCAGAACAUCCUCUCCUGCAUGUACAUUUGGUGGAAAUGGGCAGCCAUCAUCUUUAGAGGAAGAAGACAAAAUGCCUUCUGAAAAAAUUAAGAAAGAAGGCCAUUUAAAUGAAGGAGCUGCUGAGAAAAGUAAAAAUCUAACAGAUGAAGCAUUUCAUGAUGACGUACUGGAAUGGUACAGCAAACAAGAAAAAGGGAAGAAAACUACUUUAGUCUAAAAGUUAAGGU